AUGAGAAUUGUGGUGUGGAACUGCCAAGGGGUGGGGAGUCCCUUGACAGUUCCCCAGCUGAGGGAGGUGAAUAACCUCUCCUCUCCAAGUAUCUUUUUCCUUAGUGAGACUAAGAAUAGGAAGUCAGUCAUAGAUAGAAUUGCUAGAAGGUUACGGUUAGACAAUAAUGUGACUGUGGAAGCUAUGAAUAGAGCAGGGGGGAUGGCCUUACUUUGGACUAAGGAUACACAGAUUGUAGAGGUGACUACUACUGCCUUUACUAUAGAAGCCAAGAUCGAAGGUAAUGAUUCUCAGGGGGCUUGGUGGUUCAUUGGAGUGUAUGCUAGUUGUGAACAAAGGAUCAGGAAGGAACAAUGGAGGGUGCUAACUGAUAGAAAAAAGUGGGGGGGCGUGUUUAGGGAGGAGAGAAGUUUGAGGGAUUUUAGGCAUUUCAUUGAGAUGAACAGACUAGUGGAUAUUGGUUUUGAAGGCCACCCUUGGACAUGGAGUAAUCACUGGGACAAUGAAGGGGAAGUUCGUCAAAGACUAGAUAGAGCUUUGGGUAGUAUGGAUUGGUUUCAUGAUUUUGAGAGUGCUAAGUGUCAGCACAUUGAGACUCUUGCUUCUGACCAUUCUAUGCUUUUAUUAGACACCAACCCUGGGAUAGGGAAAAAAAAAAAAAGAGGUUCUACUUUGACAAGAGAUGGCUCCAAAAAGAGGGGAUUCAGCAGGUAG